UCGGUCGUUCGUUUCGUUUCUUUUGGUUUUAUCGUUUCGUGUCGAGUUCGUCAUCGUCUGUCUCUGUCGUGUCUGCGCAGAACAGUUAACGGCAACAACAACAGCCGCAACGACACUUGCGUCAGCGCGUGUGUGUAUGCCCGUGCAUGUAAUUGCGUGUGCGUUUGUAUGCGUUUGUUGUGUGUACGAAUUGCGUAUACGCCGCGUGCGCUGCGGCUCAUGAACUUGUAGAACUUUAAACUGAUUUUUCAACUCAAUUGCGAUUGAGGCUGACCUUAGUUUGGUUUUAACCUUUUGCGCCUGUGCUUAAACAAUCUGUUGACAGCCAACGCACGAGAUACGAAUACGUGUUUCGAAAAUACCAACGAACCCGAAGAUUAAGAAUUUUAUAUAGAACAAUUUUUGUGUAUAUAAAAAAAACAGCAAAAAUUUUAUUAAAAUACAUGCUAAGCUCUAGCUGGAACGUGUGGAAUUGAAACGCAUUUCAAAAGCGCAAAAAGCAAAGAAACGCGAGGCGUGAGAAUUUGCGAUAAGAAAUGCAACAAAGUUAACAAAUUGAGAGAAACAAACAAAACGAAGAAGAGAGCGCAAGAGAGAGUAAAUACGCUUUAUAAGCGACAACAGAGAGCGCAGAGAGCUUAAGUUUGUAGCGCCGAUAAGCGUUAUCAGGCGCCCAGGUGUCCACACCUACACGCACAUAGACUAAGCCUAAUGGCCGACGAAGAUCUCAGCCCGCUGCCGUUUCGGCGGGAGCGCAACUUGAGCAAUCGGAACUUCAACAAGCGCAACUCGCGUCGCCGCAGCGGCCAGCCAUCGGAGCUGGAGCGUCACAGUAGUGCCGUGGACACGGAGUGCGGCGGACGACGCGACAGCAACGCGAGCAGCAGUUCCAGUUCCUUUCAGCUUUCCUACUCGGUCAACUCGGAUACGGAGAGCGCGUUCAAUCGACGCUCCGUGCUCAAAAUGCGCGCCGCCAGCGAUGACACGGCGGAGCCCCCCACCACGCCCACAUAUCCACAGACACCCACCACGCCGGAUCCGGCCCUGCUUGAUGUGCGGCAGAAGGUGCAGCGCUUCGAGACGCUAAAGACGUCCAUCAGCUAUAUGCGACAGGAGCGCCUCAGCCUGAAGCUGCUCGAGAAUCGUCGCCAUCCCAGCUUUUCGCAGCACGACGAUCACGCGCAGAUUCGAACUCCACCCCCGCCGCGUCGCAUUGCCCUGCCUGGGCUCAGCUCCUGCAGCAAUUCCAUUUCCAGCACGCCCGUCAGCAUUGACGAGGUGCGCUCCGAGGAUGAAGUCGAUCAGAUAUCCGACUUUGAAACGGAUCCCCAAGCCCCUGUCGACUACGUGCUCAGCGAGAGCAGCUCCGCCGUGUUGCCCAGCGACUGCCCAGAUCCAGAGGAUGUGAAAGCACAGGCAGUGCAGCGUUCAAUUAGCGCGGAUCCAUCAGGCGCUCUCUCUCCCCCACUUAAGCUGCGCAAUGACAAGGAUUUUCCAAGAAAUUAUCGUUCUACUCCAAGAAGGAAGACUGAAAUCAUUGGCGCAACAAACCAUCAACUGGUUGGUAAAUUUCAUUCAGUCUAUCAACCCAAAGAGGAAGAGGAUGAGAUUGAAAUUGAGUUGCGCGAUAAGAGCGACAAGUGCGUGCAUCCCAUACUCGAGGAGCUCAUCCAUACCGAGGAGGCCUAUGUGAAGAAUCUGUUCACUGGCCUGGAGAACUAUGGCAAUAUAUUUCAGCGCAAGGAUUUGCCGCUGGGCCUGCGUGGCAAAAAGUACGAUCUCUUUGGGAACAUCGAGCAAAUCGCCGAGUUCCAUCGCGACGAGUUUUUGCCCAUGCUGCAGCGCAAUCGUCGCGAUCUGAAACGACUUUUUGAUGAAUUUCUCGAGUUCUUGGAUCAAAACUGUUUCUAUGGCUAUGUGAUCUUCACGAUGAACAAACAGAAAUCAUUAAAGCUGUGCGAUCUCUAUAAGAAUUAUUUUACGAGCAUACGUCUGGAGCGCGAUGAUAAGCUGGGCAUUAAUAGCUUCUUAGUGCAGCCCAUACAACGCAUGGCACGUUAUCCUUUGCUCCUUACCCAGUUCAUUAAUACCUUUUUCAAGAAUCGUGAUAUUGUCAUGAAGCCAUUGAUUGAGUCCUGCUGCCGCCUGGAGAAGCGAUUGCGCACCUUGCUGGUCACCACCAACGAAUCAGAGAUCAUUAAUGAUAUUGUGGACUGUAACGAGUUCAAUGUGUAUUACCAGGGCAAGUUCCGUAAGGUUAGCGAGUUUCAGGUGCUGGAUCACAAGCUGAAGCGCAGCUAUCGUGCCAAGGUCUUUAUAUUUGACAAGUGCAUAAUUUAUACGGAGAUCAAGGGCAAGCAUUUGGUGUUCCAUGGUCGCUAUCCUUGCGAGCAUAUUGGCAUCUCGGCCAAAACCAAAUCUUUUACACUCUACUAUGAGCGUCGCAAGCAACAGGAGUGCGAGUUCAGCGCCGAUGCCGCACAGAUCCAGCUCUGGCUGGAUCUCAUCCGUGACAUGAUCAACAACUUCGCCAACGAGGAGCGGCAAAAGCUGCAGGAGCGCUAUUCACGUGAAAACGAUCAUCUGCAUCGCAAGGCGCCAAGUUUCGCGCUUUAUCGCGACUCGAAUCGCUUCAGUUCGGACAGCGGCAUUGGCAAUAUCUGGAUAAUGCCCAAACCGGAUGAGGAGACUGCCAGCAAUCGCACAACGUGGUAUGCGGCCAACUAAGCAGCCAGCACAGGGAGUUACUCCGCUCCUGCUGGACUGCUGCUAUAUAAAAGAGAUAACACUCUAUUCGAGUGUUCGUGUGCUCGUGUUCAUGUCGAGUUAUGGAGCUGCGGCCAAGCGGAACGCUGCACGUUCUGGGCUACAGACUGGACCUGAAAAGCCUGUGCAAUAGGUCAACUUUGUUGAACGUUGAAUGGUCGUAACCAAUCUGCAGUUAACAGAUGGCACACUUUUAUUAUGAGCUAAAUUUGUUAUAAAUUAGUUAGAAUCAAAAUCUAAAAAAAAAGUUAAAAAAAAGUCUUAUGCUAAAUCACCAAAUAUUUUCAAUUAAGUUAAUUCUAAUAUUUUAAAAACACUUAUGUAUUUCUGUUGUCGCAAGUAAACAAA